CUUCUCUGCUCUGCCAUCUGCACCCUCUCUCCACCACCCACUUCUUCCACACCACACAUACAACAUGGCGGACGAAGUUUACGACGGUGCCAUUGGCAUCGAUCUCGGAACCACAUACUCAUGUGUCGCCAACUAUGAGGGCGCCGGCGUCGAGAUCAUCGCCAACGAGCAGGGUAGCUUCACCACCCCAUCCUUCGUCUCCUUCACCUCCGAGGAGCGUCUUAUCGGUGAGGCCGCAAAGAACCAGGCCGCCAUGAACCCAGAGAACACCGUCUUCGAUGUCAAGCGUCUCAUCGGUCGCCGAUAUGAUGACCCAACCGUCAAGAAGGAUAUCGAAUCAUGGCCAUUCAAGGUCGUUGAGGAGGGUGAGAACCAGCCAAAGGUCCAGGUCGAGUAUCUCGGCGAGACCAAGACCUUCUCUCCUCAGGAAAUCUCUGCCAUGGUCCUCGGCAAGAUGAAGGAAGUUGCUGAGACCAAGCUCGGCAAGAAGGUCGAGAAGGCUGUCAUUACUGUGCCAGCUUACUUCAACGACAACCAGCGUCAGGCCACCAAGGACGCCGGUUCCAUCGCCGGACUCAACGUUCUCCGUAUCAUCAACGAGCCAACUGCUGCCGCUAUCGCCUACGGUCUCGGUGCUGGCAAGUCUGACAAGGAGCGCAACGUCCUCAUCUACGAUCUCGGUGGAGGUACCUUCGAUGUGUCCCUCCUCAACAUCCAGGGCGGUGUCUUCACUGUCAAGGCCACUGCUGGUGACACCCACUUGGGAGGUCAAGAUUUCGACACCAACCUUUUGGAGCACUUCAAGAAGGAGUUCCAGCGCAAGACCAAGAAGGACUUGUCUGGCGACCCACGUGCCCUCCGUCGUCUGCGAACUGCCUGCGAGCGUGCCAAGCGCACUCUGUCCAACGGUACCCAAACCACUAUUGAGAUCGACUCUCUAUUUGAUGGGGAGGACUUCAAUUCCAACAUAACCCGUGCUCGUUUCGAGGAUAUCAACAGCAAGGCUUUCAACGGCACCAUCCAGCCAGUUGAGCAGGUCCUGAAGGAUGCUGCCAUUGAGAAGAGCAAGGUUGACGAGAUUGUGCUUGUCGGUGGUUCCACCCGUAUUCCACGGAUACAGAAGCUCCUCAGCGACUUCUUCAACGGCAAGAAGCUCGAGAAGAGCAUCAACCCUGAUGAGGCUGUCGCCUACGGUGCCGCCGUCCAGGCUGGUAUCCUCUCUGGAAAGGCCACCUCCGCCGACACUGCCGAUCUCCUUCUCCUCGAUGUCGUCCCAUUGUCGCUCGGUGUCGCCAUGGAGGGCAACAUCUUCGCCCCAGUUGUCCCACGUGGACAGACCGUCCCAACGAUCAAGAAGCGAACCUUCACCACCGUUGCCGACAACCAGCAGACCGUGCAGUUCCCAGUGUUCCAGGGAGAGCGUGUCAACUGCGAGGACAACACCUCUCUUGGAGAGUUUACGCUCAGCCCUAUCCCACCCAUGCGCGCCGGAGAAGCCGUCCUCGAGGUCGUUUUCGAAGUCGAUGUCAACGGUAUCCUGAAGGUCACCGCAACCGAGAAGUCUUCCGGCCGCAGCGCCAACAUCACCAUCUCCAACUCCGUCGGCAAGCUCAGCUCUGGCGAGAUCGAGAAGAUGGUUGAGGAUGCCGCCAAGUUCAAGGACAGCGACAACGCAUUCAGCAAGAAGUUCGAGUCCCGACAACAGCUCGAGAGCUACAUCAGCAGAGUGGAGGAGAUCGUCUCCGACCCAUCAAUGAGCAUGAAGCUCAAGCGUGGCCAGAAGGAGAAGAUCGAGAGCGCUCUGUCCGACGCCAUGGCCCAGCUCGAGGUUGAGGAUGCCACCAGCGAGGACCUCAAGAAGAAGGAGCUUGCCCUCAAGCGUGUUGUCACCAAGGCCAUGUCUACCCGAUAAGCGCCUCACAUCUACUUUUUGGGUCUUUGUAUUAUGGCGUUUUGCGUGCAGGGAGUCAGAAAAGGCAUGCUGAGCAGGAAAAGCUCAAUGUGCUUGGAACUCUUUAUCGCGCGCAUAGUAUAGAUCACUAGCAAUGACUGAAUGGCUGGCAAAAGCAAGAUUGAUGUAUGAUCAGCAUUCGAGGUCAGGGUGUCAUGACGCUGCGAAUGUUUAUCCGUAGCUACGAAACGAGACUGCAACGAUCAAAAUGCCAUUCCUCCCAG